ACUUGGUGAAUCUUGUACUACAAUCAGUUAUUUAAAGUUUGUAUUGAUUGAGGGAAGAGGAAGUUGGCGGAGGGAUCGUAAAAGAGGAGGAGUUAAAGAAUAUCCGUUAAAGGCGCGUCCAGUUGCUUUUCUCUCAGUGCACUGAUAGAGAUUUCUAGUGAGCGUGUUGAAGUUGAUCGUUACUGUGAUCACUUACGGACUUAUUUGUAAAUCAGCUGCCCCAUCUUCUUCGAAAUGGCAGACCAACUGACAGAGGAGCAGAUUGCCGAAUUCAAGGAGGCGUUCUCGCUCUUCGACAAGGAUGGCGAUGGCACCAUCACCACCAAAGAGCUGGGCACUGUCAUGCGCUCACUGGGCCAGAACCCCACAGAGGCUGAGCUCCAGGACAUGAUCAACGAAGUUGACGCUGAUGGUAAUGGAACGAUAGACUUUCCAGAGUUUCUGACCAUGAUGGCGAGGAAGAUGAAGGACACAGACAGCGAGGAGGAGAUCAGAGAAGCAUUCCGUGUCUUCGACAAGGAUGGCAACGGCUACAUCAGUGCUGCUGAGCUGCGUCACGUGAUGACAAACCUGGGUGAGAAGCUGACUGACGAAGAAGUGGACGAGAUGAUCAGAGAAGCAGACAUUGACGGUGAUGGUCAGGUCAACUAUGAAGAGUUCGUACAAAUGAUGACGGCGAAGUGAUGGCCUUGUACAGAUUUCUUAUAAAUAAUUUGCCUUUUUUUCUUUGUGUAAUUUAUCUGUAAAAUCUUAAUAGCCCCCCUCUCGUCCCUGCCCCUUGCUGUCCAAAGGAACUGCAUGUAAACUGCAUACGCUCUUGUCCCCAUGUCCCUUUCUUUUGCUGUCAUGGUGUUUUGGAGUGACGGAGCGGUCUUGCAUCCAGAUGCCUGUGGAGGCCUUGGCUGGCCAGAGAACUUAAAAACCUUCCUCUCAUGUGGGCACAGGCCCCUCCACGCAUGGCGGUAUUGGAAACCUGUCUGCUGGUUGUCACUUGGCAACGCUGUUGGCAUGGAAACGAUGUGGAGAAGCUAAACUCUGCAUGGACUACGGACAAAGUAUAUAUGGAAAAUUUCUCAGCAUUGCACUACUGCAAAAAAUGACACGGGUGUAUCUCCUAGGUACUCGUACAAACUCUUUUUGUAUCUGCUGUUCUAUAUACCAGAAAUGACUAAUCUUACUAUGCUUUUUAAUGUUUUACUCACUACUUUUAAUUUCUUUUCUUUUUUUUAAUGGUCUUUGGCCAUGCCUCAAAUAAUCCAUUCCAAGUUGUAUAUUUUUGUUUUACAAUAAAAGUUACAAUCUACCCAGAUUUGAAAAUUGUCUUGUUUUCUCGAUUAACAUUUGUAUAUGCUGUAAUUCCCAUUUAUGUAUUUGGGGCAGAAUGCUCAUUUGACUUUUUUUUUUGACUCAUUAAAGAUGUUUACUGUUUGAAGUAUCCAUGUUCAAUGUCCCGAAAUACUCGGAGCAUCAGCCAAUGCCCCUUAUAGUUCCAAUUUUGGAUGAAGUCUGUAUUGUCAUUAAAAUAAAGGCAGAGUGGGUUCAAAGGUUUAGUGUUCAAGAGCAUAUAAUUGUACUCUACAUGAAAAUUGCUAUCUACUGGCUAGAUGGGCUAUGUGCACUCUGUCAGACCACGUACUAGGAAGAUGAGUAAUGUCUUACUGGGCAUUUGACCACAAUGAUGUGGCACCAGGCACUAGCAUACAUCGGUAACUUUUUUCCUUCUCAAUAUUGAGUUUGUUACAGUAGCUUGCAGAUACUAAGUUAAUCAUUUCAAUGACUGAAAUAAAGCUCUCUUGUGGA